CUCGUGGUAGACCGGUUUCACGGACAUGUGUACACCAACUCAAUGAUUGAAGAAGCGGCUGAGGAGUGAGUGGCCAAACACAAAGUCAAGAAAAAAGGAGAUCGAAUUUUUUUUUAUCUGAUCCGAUCUUCAAAGAAAAGUCUCUGAUCGAAUUGUAAGAAAAUGGGGAAGAAGGCGAUUUUAAUCGGAUGCAAUUACCCGGGAACUAAGGCAGAACUAAGAGGAUGUAUCAACGACGUUAAACGGAUGCAUCAAUGUCUGAUCGAGCGUUAUGGUUUCUCGGAGGAUGAUAUCGAAAUCCUGAUUGAUACCGAUGAAUCCUAUAUCCAACCCACGGGCAAGAAUAUCCGCUCCGCCCUUGCUCGUCUAGUCAAAUCCGCCGAUCCAGGUGACUUUCUCUUUGUUCACUACAGUGGUCACGGCACCCGUCUCCCUGCCGAGACCGGCGAGGAUGACGACACCGGCUACGACGAAUGUAUUGUUCCCACCGAUAUGAACCUCAUCACUGAUGAUGAUUUCAGGGAGUUGGUGGAUCAGGUUCCGGAAGGAUGCCGAUUAACAAUUGUAUCGGAUUCGUGUCAUAGCGGUGGUCUUAUUGACGAUGCGGAGGAGCAAAUAGGAGAGAGCACCAACACCAAGCAAAAAGAAGAAGGAGGCAGCUCUCACUUCGGUUUCAGGAACUUUCUUCAUCAAACCGUUGAAGGUGCUUUAGAAUCACGUGGGAUUCACGUUCCCUCAGCAUUUCAACACCAUCGCCAUGGUCUUCCCACUACCGAGGACGAAUCCCAAGAGAGGGAGCUGGAGCUUUCAUAUGGAGAGCGAGUCAAUGUGAAAAGCAGAUCUUUACCUCUAUCCACUCUUAUAGACAUUCUGAAGCAGAAAACAGGGAAAGAUGACAUUGAUGUGGGGAAAUUGAGGCCAACCCUUUUUGAUAUUUUUGGAGAAGAUUCAAGCCCCAAAGUGAAGAAGUUUAUGAAGGUGAUCAUGGACAAACUCCAGGGUGGCGAAAAUGGACAAUCUGGAGGAGGAUUCUUGGGAAUGGUUGGGAGUUUGGCACAAGAAUUUCUCAAACAAAAGCUGGAUGAGAAGGAUGAAGACUAUGUGAAACCUGCUUUGAAUACUGAAGUGGGGAGUAAAACAGAAGCAUAUGCUGGAUCAUCCAAGCGAGAACUUCCAGAUGGUGGAAUCCUCAUCAGUGGGUGCCAGACAGACCAAACAUCUGCUGAUGCUACGCCUUCAGGAAAUGCUAGUGCUGCAUAUGGGGCUCUCAGCAAUGCAAUUCAGACCAUACUCAGUGAAUGUGAUGGACAAAUUACCAACCAGGAGCUUGUAAUGACGGCUCGGAAAAAGCUGAAAAGCCAAGGUUUCACUCAGAGACCUGGACUCUAUUGCAGUGAUCAUCAUGCGAAUGCUCCCUUCGUUUGCUGAUUUUUUUCGUUGAACUACUUCUUCUGUUCUGUUGUGUGUGUGCUUGGCUUUUCAAAUGAUUUUGGGUUGCGCUCUACAUUGUGUAAUAAAAGCUUGAACCUUACAUUAUCAAGAUUUUAACUUUUUUUUUUUCUUUUUCUACUGGAGAAGAGAGUAAAUAAACCUUUUUUGAGGACAUAUAAAUAGUCAUUUGAUACGGUUGUUAGUUA